GUGUGCUGGUGGUGCAAAGAUUAAGCACACAGCUGCUAACUGAAAAGUUGGUGAUUCAGAUCCAACAUCAGCUUCACGGGAGAAAAGACCUGGAGAUAUAAUCUUGUAAACAUUAUAGCUUUGGAAACCUUAUGGGACAGUUCUAUUCUGUCCAGCAGGGUCCACGGAGCCUGAAUCUACUCAGCAACACACAACAACAUAAGGAUUUAUAGCACAUAGGUGUAGAGAGUGAGAUUUGAUGCCAGGUUUGGCUUUGCUCUGUUACUCCCACAAUCCUGUGAUAUUAUUUCCAUUUCCAUUUCACUUUACAGGAAAUUUUCUGAUCUCUCUCAGAAACUUGAAAUCAUGGACCAAGGAAAUAACUCUAGAAGGAUUGAGUUUGUGUUGCACGGUCUUUCAGGUCCUCGAGAGCUACAGCUUUUCUAUUUUGCAUUUUUCACAUUUUUCUAUUCAUCCGUUGUGCUGGGAAACCUCCUCAUUGUGCUCACAAUCCUCUCUGAACCUGCGCUACACACACCCAUGUACUUCCUGCUCAGCAACCUCUCCUUCAUUGAUCUGUGUCUAUCCACCUUUGCCACUCCCAAGAUGAUUGUUGACUUCCUCAAGGAGAACAAGACCAUCUCCUUUGAGGGCUGCAUGGCUCAGAUAUUCUUUCAUCAUGCCUUUACCGGUGGUGAAAUGAUGCUCCUUGUGGCCAUGGCAUAUGACAGAUAUGUAGCCAUAUGUCGACCCCUGCACUAUGCAGCAAUCAUGAAUGUACACAAGUGUUCAGGUCUUGUCAUGGGCUCCUGGCUCUUUGGAGUCCUGCAUUCAUUAAGCCAGUUGGUCUUCACAGUAAAGCUUCCAUUCUGUGGUCCGAAUAAAGUGGACAGCUUUUUCUGUGACAUUCCCUUAGUUAUCAAACUUGCCUGCACUGAUACAUAUACCCUUGAGGUACUGAUGCUUUUGGACAGUGGUCUAAUGGGUAUGAUCUUUUUUCUGCUCUUGAUCAUCUCCUACACAGUUAUCAUGGUGACUGUACGAUGUCAGUCCUCAGUAGGCAUGGCCAAGGCCUGGGCCACCCUGACUGCCCAUGUCACUGUGGUGACCCUCUUCUUUGGGCCUGGCCUCUUCAUCUAUGCCUGGCCUUUCAGCAACUUCCCAAUUGAUAAGUUUCUGUCAAUAUUCUACACUGUUUUCACCCCUCUCUUAAACCCCUUGAUCUACACAUUCAGAAAUAAGGAGGUAAUAUCAGCAAUGCAGAAACUGAGGAGGCGACAAGUAAGUUCCUAACAGCUCCUUGGCUUUCUUUUGUGAUAAUGACAACCAUAAUAAAGACACCCACUAAUAUUGUUUGCUAUUGAAGCUAUUUAUGUUUGAACUAAGAAAUUAAAUGGAUGGAGAUAAUUUCUUUUAUAUAGGA